AUGAAUCAGGGAAUCUGGAAAGUUUACAAGAAUAAAGUGCUGAGAAAUUUCACUGCUGAUGAAGAGGAAGAAAUCAAAGAACAGAACAAUGACUCAGUGAUCGAUAUGACUACAGAGGAAGGCUCCAGUUCUGUCUCACAGUUGGCAAAAAAGGUACAAGGGGCCAGUGCAAAGGGAUGGAAAUGUAUGUCCUCGCUCUUCAACAAGGAUGAUGAGCACAAGUUACUUCCGGCUGAGAACACAGCCCCAGUUGAACAUGUCCUUUCAGAGCCAGCGCCACAGGAGCCUGGCGCCGAGAAGAAACUGACCGGGUUCUGGGAUGCCUUCGCCACCAAGUGGCACCAAACCUCUGAGGCUAACAAGGGCAGCGAUAGCACAGAAGCGGGCGCAGGAGAGGGUGAGGGCGAGGCUGCAAGCACCACACACAAUGAAGACGGAGGGACCGAGAACAGGCCCAAAUCUGGCGAGUACACCAACCUAGGGGAGUCCAGCGACCCCGGCUUCAAGUGGAACUUUGUAACCAGCAAGUUAGCAGAACUGAAAAAUAGAAGCAUGCAAAAAAGCAACUAG